AGCACAGCAAGCAUUUCAUUCCAUUUCUCAGCAUAUCGAUUCUUUUAACCCACACUCAUUCUUUCACUUCAUUUCAAGAUGCGUUCCACUUUCGCUCUCGCAGCGACCAUCGCUGUGGUCUCGGCCACCAACUACAAGCCAUGCGGCAACCUUUGCGCCGAUGGCACCGCUCCUUCCAGGACCAUCACCACUGAAAAUGGAAACCAGUACGCUGUUUGCAUGGGUACCGACUUUGCGGGCGCAGACCUCCCCAACGAUCAGGGUGGCUUUAUUCAGGGCCUCGAGGACGGCGACGUUGAAGACCUCGCCGAGCAAUGCUCGCUCACUGAUGGCUGCAUUGCAGCCACCAUGAACGGCCAGUUUGGAUAUCUCAAGAACGGUGUUCCGGUUCCAUACGGCUCAGCUUCCACCAAAGGAGACAACUCCAUCUUCCAGAUCAUGUGUGAUGAUACCGCCACUACCACUACUACUACUGCGGCUCAGACCACCACCACUGCAGCUCAAACUACGACCACCGCUGCUCAGACUACCACCACAGCUCAGACCACUACCACCAAGGCCUCGACAACGACCUCUGCUAGCGGACCUGGACCAACACCACCAGUCUCCUGCCCCAAGGAUGACGAUGACAUCGUUGAGAGCGGUGGCCAAUACUUCUACAAGUUCUGGUCUGGCAAGUGCAAGCGCAACAGCUUCGCCUACUCCCACUUCACCACUUUCCCUAAGUCCCUGAGCGAGGAGGAUGCUACUCAGAAGUGCGCCGACUGGAUUGCCGCUAAGCCACGCUCCGAAUACCCACUGAACUUCCAAAUCUUCCAGUACAAGGACAACACCUGGCACUGCGACGCAACCCGCACCCUGAACACCGACCUCAACUUCAAGUCCAGCAACGACGUCGACAAGAUGAUCCAAUACAACCCUCUCCCAGAGAAGUGCAAGCCAUCGACCCCAACCCCACCACCACAAACCUGCCCAGACAAGAAGACCAUCGUCACCAGCAAUUGCGGCAAGACCCCAGCUUCUUACUCUCUCUUCUGGUACGGCAAGCAAAAGCGCAACAACUUCAAGGUCGCCUGCUCCGAGUACUACAGCCAGAAGACCAGCUACGACACCGCCAUCCAGCGCUGCGCCAACUUCGUCUCUAAGCAGCUCCCUAACGUCGCUCAGACUUUCCAGGUCUACUACAACAACAAGUCUUGCAAGUGGACUUGUGAUGCUGGCGCCGUUGAGAACAAGGAUUCCAACUUCACCUAUGCUAAGGACAUCAAGAUUCUGUUCCAGUUCAAUGCUGUGCCAAAGAACUGCUCUUACAAGAGGGAUAUCUUCUCGAGCAACCAGAAGAGGACUUACUACCAGUGCUAGAUGGCAUGGUGGGAUGGGAGAUGAGGAGAUGGAAGGUUGAAAGAUGAUAAAAGAUGGAAAAACAGAAGACAUUUGGGAUAUCGGAUUUUCUCAUCACUCUUUUUGCGAGCAAAGAUUUCAUUGGUACGAGAUAUGGCUUGUGUAUACGCGACAACACUUAUUUUCCUACUUCUUGAUUGGAUUUUUGGGGAGUUUGUAGAUUAGCAGGAGUGUAAAAGAGUUAGCAGCAGCAGGGCG